UGUUAAGAAAAUAAUAAUUUUUUUACAGAUUUUAGUGUAGUUGGCGUGAGUCAUUUCAGCAUCGCGAAGAUCAUAAUUAUUUUAGUGAAGAAAAAGAAAGAAAACAUUCAAUUAAAAAUGUCAGCAGAUUGUUUCUCAUGGGAUACAAGAAUCGCUUUUGUGGUACGAUACAUGUAUGACAUUGACAACAAUGGAUUUCUCGAUCAAAAGGAUUUUGAUUGCAUGGCUUUAAGGGCGACCAUUAUUGAAGGUAGAGGAGAUUGUAAUGCUUCAAAGCUUGCAGAAUUUCAGCAUAUAAUGAGAAGCCUUUGGGAGGAGCUCUCAGAUUUGGCUGAUUUUGACAAAGUUUGUAUUCGUUUCAAAUUAUCUUUAAAGGACGGUAUGAUUACAACAGAUGAAUUUAAGGAAGCUGUUAGAAAAACCUGCGUUGGAAAAAAGUACGGCGAGUUUCCUCAAGCAAUGAAAGCUUUCAUCGAAGCCAACUUCAAAAUGAUGGAUUUGGAUAAUGACGGGCUUAUUGGAGUUCAAGAAUUUCGUUAUAAUUGCAUUCAGAGACUCGCUAUCGAUAAUAUUCAAGUUGUUGAUGAUGCUUUUUAUAGCUUAUUGAAUGACAACGACAAAAUCAAGGGUGGACUAACACUAGAAAGAUACCAAGACCUUUACGGUGAAUUCUUAGGAAAUACUGAAAAGAAUCCUGGUUGCUAUUUGUUUGGACCUCUUGGAAUUGAAGAGUAAAUUAGCUGAAAUUUCUUCUCUGUCAACAAAUGCCGCUUUCAUGUCGUAUUAUGAAGAAAGAAAAUCAAGUCUUCUCUUUAUUUUAAUUUAUUUAGCCAAAAGGAGUCUUUUUUAAAAUAUUUCAAAGGGAAAACAAAUGUUUUGAGCUCUUUUUUAUUUCUUUAUGUGCAACAGUCAAACAUUUACAAAAUUAAAGAAAUGAAUCAAAUCAUGUUCAAAAAAGGGUCUUAAAGAAACGGCUUAAUGAAGCUUCUUCACACAUAAAAUGAUGGUUUAUGAAUUAAAUUAACCUACUUAUUUUAAAUCACCCACAUGAACUCCCUGAAAAAACGGGAAUAAAUAUUUUAUUCAAUGUUUUCAAAGACAUCAUUCUAGAAAUGGAUAAAAAGAUGUCUUGGAGAAUAUUCAUUCAUUUGUUCGACACGAUCAAUUGGAUAAUUUAAAUCUUGAAGAUGUUUUAAAUGGAAUUCUUAUAAUGUUUUUUCAUAAAUGUUUUACAACCUUGACUGAACUCUUUUGUCAUCCAUCGAAAAGUGUGUCGUAUAAUUGAUGAGUAUUCUCUUGGCAAAUAAUAAAUUGUAUUAUCUUGUAUCUUAUUUCGUGUGGCUUUUGCAUAAAAAGUAAAAAUAUAUACACAUAAAAUGUUAGUAUUUCUCUCGCAAUCAUCAAAAAUAAGUAAAUUUAAAUUGAUAAGCUGUUCUUUUAGAC